AUGAAGGGACUUAGUAUAUUCGCGGCCUUGGCCGUCUUUGGAAUCACCAUUGCGGCGCCCACGCCCGGGCCCGACUCUGUCGACGAGGGCGUGUCCUUCGGCAUCAGCAACAAUGGGCCGAUUGUUGUGCGUGACGACGUCUCGGGUGUCGACGGAGUCGUCGACGAACAUGAAGCUGCUGUGGACACGGUCAAGGACGGUCUCGACCUCAGGAGCAUCUCAACAAAUAAGCACAUCGCGUCUCGAGGCAAUUUGCCCGGCCUUGACCCGUCGCAGUCGCGCAACGCCUGGGCAAUCAUGCAGGAGGUCAAGAAGUCAGGCACCGGAUGGCAGGGCUGCAUGGUGGCCAUCACUACUGCCCUCACAGAGUCCAACAUCCGCAUCCUGGCAAACCACGCCGUGCCGGCGUCGCUACAAUUCCCCAACGAGGGCGUCGGCGCAGACUACGACAGCGUCGGCAUCUACCAGCAGCGCGCGCAGUGGUACAACGACAUUAGCUGCAGCAUGCGAGCCGACUGCAGCACACGGGCCUUCAUCAUCCGGAUGAAGACGGUCGGCAACUGGCAGGGGACGGACGUUGCCGUGGUGUGCCAGGCGGUGCAGAUUUCCGAGAAGCCCACGGCGUACCAGAAAUGGGUCGGCCUGGCCGUGCAGAUUUGCAAGGCAGGGUUCUAG